UUUCCUUCUCUUUAUAGGUUUCCUUCUAUUCUGCCAAAUCCCUACCCGUUCUUUCCUUGCUUUUAAAUUUUAUUCAAAUUUUAUUUUUAGGUCAAAUAAUCAAUCGAUUUGAGGAAAAAAUAAACAAAAGAAAUGUCGAAAUCGGUGAUCGAAACGCCUCCGAAGGGCGGAUUUAGCUUCGAUCUUUGUAAAAGAAACGAGAUGCUUGCAAAGAAAGGCGCUAAUCCGCCUUCGUUUCGGAAAACUGGUACCACAAUUGUUGGCUUGAUUUUCCAGGAUGGUGUUAUUCUUGGAGCAGACACGAGAGCAACUGAAGGGCCUAUAGUUUGUGAUAAGAAUUGUGAGAAAAUUCAUUACAUGGCACCAAACAUUUAUUGCUGUGGAGCUGGAACCGCUGCAGACACAGAGGCAGUGACUGACAUGGUCAGCUCACAGCUCCAGUUACAUCGCUAUCAUACUGGUAGAGAGUCUAGGGUUGUUACAGCAUUGACCCUUCUCAAGAGACACCUUUUCAACUAUCAAGGCUAUGUUUCGGCUGCUCUGGUACUUGGUGGUGUUGAUGUCACCGGACCCCAUUUACAUACUAUAUACCCCCAUGGAUCUACUGACACGUUGCCAUUUGCUACGAUGGGUUCUGGUUCUCUGGCAGCAAUGGCUGUUUUUGAAUCAAAUUACAGAGAAGGCCUUACCAGAGAUGAAGGAAUAAAACUUGUAACUGAGGCCAUAUGCUCUGGUAUCUUCAAUGACCUAGGAAGUGGAAGCAAUGUCGAUAUUUGUGUAAUUACCAAGGGCGGCAAAGAAUACUUGAGGAACCAUCUUCAACCUAACCCUCGCACUUACACCAGUUCCAAGGGCUAUUCGUUUCCAAAGAAGACAGAGGUCCUCUUGACAAAAAUCACGCCAUUGAAGGAGAAAGUUGAGAUCAUUGAAGGAGGAGGAGAUGUGAUGGAAGAGUGACACGCUUAUUUAUGUUACUACAUCAUCUUUAUAGCCUCACUUAUGCUCUGUCAAAGAAGUGUUUAUCAGUAGUAUUCUGAAAUUGUUUGUUUUCACCUAAGAUUUUGUUGGCUAAUGAAUCUUUUGAGGUGUUUUUAACAUUUUAGUUAAAUGAUUCAAAUGGAAAUGUUAGUAGUGAAUUUCAGAGCA